AUAUUCGCUCUUUAUAGGUAACAAAUAUGAAGUGGCUUUUCAAACAGGAGCAUUCCCUCGACAGCAGACGUGAAGAGUCUCAGAAGAUAAGGAGAAAGUACCCGGACAGGAUUCCAGUAGUUGUUGAGAAGGUAUCUUCCAGUUCAAUUCCAGACAUUGACAAGAGGAAAUUCCUUGUUCCCUCCGAUCUCACGGUCGCACAAUUUAUGUACAUCAUAAGAAAGAGAAUACAGCUCGCUCCAGAGAAAGCCAUGUUCCUGUUCGUCAACAAAAUGCUCCCAACUACGAGUUCGACUAUGGGUAUCAUAUACGACGAGCACAAAGAUGAGGACGGUUUCUUAUACAUAGCCUACAGCGGGGAAAACACAUUUGGAUGUUAAAUUGAUGUAAAAACGGAGAGAGACGGAAAACUGUUUAUUGCCAGUAUUCGAGUUUAUUGAUUGUUAUAUUUUGAACAUAUUGUGUGUUUGAACGUGAGCUAAAUUAUAAUUCUAUGAUAGAUGUGAAUUUCAAGGGAUGAUAUUUGUAUUAUCAUGACCUCAAAUUAUUUGUUUAUGAAAGGAUGGUGAUAAAAUUUCAUUUAAAACUAAAAUAUACGAUCUUAGCACACGUCUAUCAAACGUAACAUUCAGCUCCAUCAAAUAAUGAUUUUACUGACAAUUCCAUGUAACCCCAACAUUUAAUUAACUUAGCAAACUUAUGUAUUUAAAAGAUGAUUAAAGGAUUUUCAGCACGAUCGAAGAACACUAUUCUCAUUCGAAACGCGAAAAUGUCGCCACGUUUGAUUUUAAUAUUUGCUUUCUUUAACGACUUCAACCAGUCGUGAUGUUUACAGUUUGGUUAAAUUUAGUUUCAAGGGUUUUGGUGAAAGAUUACACUGUAAUGUAUAUAUGAUUUGCCGUUAAUUAUAAUUACAAUUAGUAGUGUUAAAUCCCUGAUGAUUUUAUCCACAUUUGACAAUUCA